UAAUCACACAGAUUCUCCACUGGUGCUUUCUGUGGGAGAUCGCAGUGGGCCGUAUCAUCAGGAAUAGAUCAUUGGAGAGUGUGGCAGAAUGUCUAAGAAACGUGGCAGUGGCAGAAAACCCAGCCUGGCUGACAUUAAUGAGGGCAUCACCGAAACAACGGACAUGGAGAACACACAGGAGGCUAUGUCUGUGAUUCCUGACAAUAAAGGGACUUCAGAGGUCUCCACUGGGUCAGGUCAUAAGGAUCCAAAGCAAGCCUGCCCUACACAGCCUACAUACAGCUCAGAGUCUGAGGAGAGCUCGCAGGCUGACUCCGGCCUGCAGGACAAUAAGUUUGAGAACAAAGGAAAGGGUGAGUACUCCUGUCCGGAAUGUGGAAAACACUUUUGUUGUUCAUCCCACCUACUCAUACACCAGAGAGUGCACACAGGGGAGAGACCAUAUGAAUGCAAAGAGUGUGGAAAAUGUUUUGUGCAGAAGCAGCAUCUCCAGUCCCAUCACCGUACACACACCGGAGAGAAGCCGCAUCAGUGCACAGAGUGCGGGAAAAGAUUUGCUUUUAAAUGGGAGCUUCCAACCCACAUGAGAACGCACACGGGAGAGAAGCCGUAUAAAUGUUCUGAAUGUGGGAAAGGAUUUACCACCAGUUCACAACGUCGUAGACACGAAGCUUCCCACACAGGAGCAAACCUCUUCCCAUGUUCUGAGUGUGAUAAAGCUUUCCCUACGAAGUACCAGCUACGCAGCCACCAGAUUGUCCACACGGGAGAGAAGAACUUUGAGUGUCCUGAAUGUGGAAAAUGCUUCUCUACUAAUGCACAUCUCAGCAGCCAUAAGCAGACGCACACGGGGGAAAAGCCAUGUAAGUGUUCUGAGUGCGGGAAAGCAUUUGCUUGCAGAGCCAAUCUUCCCCUACAUCAGAAAUCCCACACAGGAGAAAAACCAUUUGCAUGUAACGAAUGUGCAAUGUGUUUUCCCGGCAAAGCUCAUCUUACCAGACACAUAAAAGUCCACACAGGACAGAAAUCCAAUAAAUGCAGCAAGUGUGGUGACUACUUCCAGAAUUUGUCUGACCUCGCCCAGCACAAGAGAAGCCAUGAUAAGACCUAUGCGUGUACUGAGUGUGACAAACAUUUUAAACAGAAAUGUCUUCUGAAGCAGCAUCAGAAAAUACACACGGGAGAAAAGCCAUUUGUGUGUGCAGAGUGUGGGAAACGCUUUACACGGAAAGCCGGGCUGAUUUCACAUGAGCAGAGACUUCACAUUGGCGUAGUAAAAGCAUUUGAAUGCCCGGAAUGUGAGAAAAGUUUUUUUGUAAAGGCUGAGCUUGAAAAACACAAGAGAGUCCACACAGGAGAGAAACCUUUUCCUUGUACUGAAUGUGGUAAAUGUUUUAGGGAACGCUCACAGCUGGUUAUUCACCUGCAAAGUCAUACUGGUGAGAAACCUUUCUCGUGCUUAGAAUGUGGAAAAGGUUUCCAUAGCAGCGGUGAUCUUAGUUCCCACAUUGCAGUGCACGCAGAGGAGAAGCCAUUUGUGUGCUCAGAGUGUGGGAAAGCAUUUGGUAGCAGCUGGCAGCUUGUUGCCCAUCAGAGAUCUCACACAGACGAGAGACCAUUCACCUGUUCCGAGUGUGGUAAAUCCUUCAAGCGUAGACCAAAUUUGGUCAGACAUCAGACAAUUCACACACAGGAGUGAGACCAUUUGCAUGUCCAGAUGUGGAAAGCGGUUUAUAAUGAAUUCAGAACUUGUUAAACAUUAGAUUCUAUGAAGAGAUUAUAGGUACAGUAUAUAGGGCGUAUUGUGAAAUGUUAUACUUCUGUACUGUGUGUGGGAGAGCUUUCACAUAUGCCUCAUUGUUGGCUGGUCAUCCAAAGGUUCAUGUGUCAAUGUGGAAGUAAUUCAACACAAAGCUAGCCACUGAUACAGGAGAUGUUUUAUUGUGUUUGCUC